AUGAACAACAGCUACGUUCGAGCUGAACGCGAUCGGUUGAUGCAUGGAAUUGAGCGUUUGGAUUUGAGCGGUGUCCAACCAGAUAAUGACAGUGGAGAGAGUGGACGGACUGAUACUUCCAUGGAUCCUAUCUCACUGCCGUCGACGGCGUCUUUCUCUUCCCCAGAACACAGGAAAUUAGCACGAGAGACUGGUCACGAACAUCUAAAAAUUGAGGACCAUCAGACUGCAGUUCAUGAGGAACAAGAAGAAAUUGCUGAUGUGUAA